AUGCCCAUCCCGGACCAGGACCAGCCCCCAAGGGCGCCCCCUUCCGCCACGGAAGGGCCCCCACCACCGUCACCACCAUCACCAACCAGCACCGCCGCCGGCGGCGGCAGCGGCAGCGCCCAGGACUCCUUCCCCACGCUCUUCGGCAUCGUCCUCGGCGCCGCCGCGCUCCUCGGCCUGGCCCUCGCCCUGCUCAUCAUCUGCGUCGCGCGCCGCCGCGCCCGCCAGGCCCGCCAGCGCCGUCGGCGCCAGGGCGGCCUGCUGCGCCCGCACGACGACGACGCGGCCGAGGAGGAUGCGGACGCCGACGUCGUCAUUACUACCACUUCCGGUAGUAGUAGUAGUAGUAGUGGUGGUGGUAGCGUUCAUGUUAGAGAUGCUGGUGGUGGUAGUGGCGCCUCUCGGGUGUGGGGGGAGGGCGAGGACAAGGAGGUGCGCGGUGGGCUGAGGAGCAAGUUGCGGAAGGCGUGGUCUAUUGGUGGUGGUGGCCGUGGUGGUAGUGGGGGGUGGCCGACCAAGUUGGAGCAUCGCAGUAUGCCGCUCAUUCCUAUGGUGUGCACCAAGGGGCAUUUUCACUUUGGGUUCAGCAGGAGCGAGUCGUGCAGGUGGCCAGAUGCUGCGAUGGAGGUGGUGAGGGUGUCUCGGAGGAACCCAUCGUGGAUCGAUGAGGACGCGCUGCAUGGGCCGAAGCUUGCUGGGCAGAGGAGUGAUGCUGCUGUGGCAGGCAGCAAGAAGAAGAGCCGUAGGUCGUGGCCGCUGCGGCACAAGACGCCUACCCUGCCCAGGGUGCAUCACACCAUUCAUGGAUAUCCGCAUUCAGCUCGGGGGCGACUGAACGGCUCUUCGGAUGCUUUGUUGAGCGGCGAGCAGAUGAUGGCAGCGGCUGGCGGGUUGGAAAAUGCUCAGCUGAGAACUUGUUCGAGGGCCUUGCCUGCGCCACCGACGCCGGCUCUUGUUGCCAGCCGAGACAGACGCGUCCUCAAGCCCUCGGUGAGCAUGGGCUAUGUAUAUGGGGCAUCGAGGAUCCCCAAACUGGUCACAAGCCCUCCCGUUAGUCCGGUCCGGUCGUUGCCCACAACACCAUUGAAACACAGGGCGAGACAGCAGUCGACAGACUCGGCCCUGUCUGAGAUCCUUCGAUCGACUGAGAAGCGGCUGCGCGAGGGGAGCAUCUCGGGGACCUCCCAGAGCAACACCGACACUGCUUCGCCCACCAGGGCGCCCCAUCCCCGGGAGUACGCGGCUCCGUUGUCCCGGGCGAGAACCCCGAGCCCAAAGAAGCAUGUCCCAAGCCAGCACAACACGCCCGGACACCAGCCGCAGGACUCUCAGAACUCCAUAUCGUCGGAGGCCGACAGCCUGGUGGGCGGGGAUUGUUCGGCCCCCGACGCCCCCUCGGGCCUCACCAGUUCGAGCCGGAGCCAGAAGAAGCAGGAAGCCGAGGCGCCGCAGACACGCUCCGUUCGCACCUCUCUUUCGUCGGAUCUGUCCACGCUCUACAGCGAGGAUGAGAUGCCCGACGAGGUCAAGAAGGCCAUCAUGCCACUCGAGGGACUCGUCGUGCAGCCGCAACAGGCCGCCAGAGUCGGCCCGCCGUCCAUGAACGACCCGUUUGUCACGGCACCGCUGCUGCCGUGGGUUUCCCGAUCACAGUCGAUUGGCCAUGGUUGUCAGGCCAAGCACAGCAAGUCACAAGACCUCUUCCGCGCAACUCUACACCGGUCCCAAUGUUUGCGGAGCAUGACGGCGGGGCAGAACCUCGCGCAGCCACAAGGACUGAUCCUGGCCCCGGGGCCCGUCAUGCACGGGGCAAUCCAAACCUCUUUGCCUGCGAUUCCUCCCUCCCGCCAGGCUUCAGUGACGAUCCCUCGGUGCAUCCAGCCGUACAUUGCGUCGAGAGCUUCGGAGCCGCCGCCGUCGCCCACCAAAGUGUCGCCGACAGGCCAGAGCCCGAGCGGGCCGCUCUUCCUGCGGGUGACCAAGACAAGCACGCUGAGCACAAUCCCCUCGCUGCCGCCGCCAGCAGUCCCCAGCUUCAGUGUCCCGAGGGAGAGGGAGCAGAGGAUCACGCCGCACUCGCCGAUCAGGACAUCGCAGACAGCCGGCGGCGAGGCCCUGGUACGCCGGUCUCCAGCCUUGAGGCUGCCCUCCACAGAACGGUCCAGCGCGCCCCCGUCACCAACCCGGCCUGCAGGCGACGAAGUCCGCCUCUCGCUUGUCCCGCCCCCCGAGCAGCUACAAGACCUGCAUCGCGAAAACCGCACCAGCGCCUCCUCGUCCGUCUAUUCGCAGGCGACCAGCCCACUCAUCGCAGCGGCCGCGGGCGCCAUCGAACUCAACCGCGCCCACUUCCGUGCCAACGCGUCCCUCUACCCGGCGCCCCUCUCGCCCCACGGCCGCGGCCCAUCACCACCAUCCAAGCUGUCGUCUUCCCAAGUUCCCGGCAACGACAACGACGACAACCACAGCGCAGACGCCAGCGCCGCAGAGGAGGGCCAGAAUGCUGAGCAUGAGGGGCACGACGACAACGACGGCGGCGGCGGCGGCGAAGACGACGAAGACGAAGACACCCCCUUGGCGAUCGGCUACACCAUCGCCUCGCUGCGGCGCAUGAACAGCGGCAUCAGCACAGCGUCCAGCCUGCGGAGCAUCACCGAUCGGGACCCGAGCCCGAGCCCCAGCCCGAGCCCGAGCCCGAGCCCCGACCGGCCGGUGGUGCCGGCCCUCGCGCCCGGGGCCGCGGCGGCGGGUUCAUCGCCUGCGGGGGUGGGAGGCGGUGACGGAACCGGUUCUGCCGGCGCCGGCGGUGAUGGGCAGGCGCAUCGGAAGAGUAUUGGCGCGAGGAAUUACUUCACCAUGGGGGCGGGCGGACAGAGGCAGUCGCGGAGGGUCAGUCGGGCGGUCAGCGGGGCGGGAUUCGCACGCAGGGCGAGUACGGUGUUGCGGAUGUCACUUCCGGAGUUGGGCACUGAAGCAGGCGAAGGUGGGAAGGAGAAUAACGCUGGCGGAGCGACGGCAGAUGGCGGGUUCAAAGUGGCCGCUGGGGAGUUCACCUUCGAAGUGAGCAACCCCAGCGUUGCCGAGAAGGGGGGGCUGGGGCUGAGGGAGGGCAGCGCGGCGAAUGUGAAAGCGGCGUUGCAGCAGCACCAGCAGCACCCGCAACAAUCACAAGGACAGAUGCUGUCCCUUGCAUGGAAGCCGGUGCCCAGCGAGUUGCGCGGCUCGCAGAGUCCGGCCAGGGCGAGUAUGAGGAGCGUGGACAGCCUUGGCCUGUACGAUCGGCAGGGCUUCUUGAUCUCGGCGUCGCCCGCGCGGGGAGUGAGUCCGUCGGGACUAAGGGUGUGA